AUCAGCAUGAAGAGCUGCAAGUGAGAGAGGAUCCUCUUCCUGCUUGGUUGCGAGCAUGCAGGCAUGGAUUUCCACCAAAGGUGUCUGCAACGAGCCAGAAUAAAGCCAACAAGUGAAGGCAUCCAAGUUAUGCUCCCACCCAGGUCAUACGUGCCAGUGCGGUGUCACUCUGCGAGGGAGGAAUGUGCAUGUUUUCACCCAGAAUGCGUCCAGGACCUUAAGGCCCUUGGAGAUCUGCUUUUGUCAGCGAAGGUGGCGCAGUGCAACCUUCAGCCACGGUACAGCUGGAUGGGCAUCAUCAACGUGCUUGCUGCUGCUCUUAGAGGAGGUGAAUCACUGACUGGGGAUUUGCUGCCCUCAGUGCACAAGGUGCCUGCUGUCAGGAGGAUUGCUGCUGCGCUGCUGCGUUGUACAGGCGCAAGGGAAUAACCCCCUUCCAGCACCCUGAUGGCUCAGCCCUGCGCCCCAGGACCCACAGAACAGCACGGUUUGUGAAAGCUGGGAGCGGGCUGUGCCUCAGCCUGAUUGCUGAGCCCCUGUGCAGGCCCCGCUGCGGAAUUCAAUGCACCCAGAGAGCAAUGAUGUGAAAAGGUCGCUCGUGAGGUGCUGAUGAACUCCUAUGCCACUGAGUGAAAUCCAGUCCUGACAGGUCCCUAGCGACAGGAGGUUGGUCUGUUAGACAGGAGACUUCAUCAGACCAAACAGAUACCUGUCUUCUGAUGGAUACAAUGCCAUUUUACAGUCUUUGGAGCCUGCACAGAAGAAUUUAAGUGGAAAGGGAGACUGAUGGUUGCUUCUGCGUUCCAGUGACUCUAAUGACUACGUGAGCAGCAGCCAGCAGCAGGUCUUCUGGGCUUUGACUCUCAGAGUCAUAGUGAGCUUCUAACCUGAUGAACCAAGUUCUCUGGGUAGAAAGGCAAUUUCAGGGACAAGAGGCGCCCAUCGGGAUUUCAUCUGGUUUAUGUGAGCUGCAACAGGAGGCCAGGAGAGUGCUUGGAUAAGUCCUUUGGAUAAGCAGGAAGAAGAAUGCCAACACGAAUAUGAACUGAACCAUUUCCUGCACUUUUCACGGUGCCUGGGUGCUCACAUCAGAUGGUUAGAGACAGAGACUUGUCUCUUGCCAAACUGCUUCCUCGGACAAGAUGAAGCCAAGGAAGAGCUUUCUGAUGCACUGGAGUCACAGUGACUGCUGCCCAAUUUAAAAUCAAUGUGAGACUGCGCUCCAGCUGCCUGGCGAGAUGAAAGAAGUGGUGUUGUGGUCGCCCGAAGAGGUGACAAACUGGCUAACAGAAAAUGCUGUGCCGGAGUAUUGUGAGCCGUUGAAGAGCUUCACUGGACAGGAUUUGAUCAACCUGACGGAGGAGGAUUUCAAGAAGACACCUCUUUCCCGGGUGUCUUCCGACAGUGGACAGCGGCUAUUGCACAUGAUUGAGACCUUAAAAAUGGCUCAUCACAUCGAGGCUCACAAAAACGGGCACAUCAAUGGGCACAUCCGCGUCAGCAUGAGCAAUGCCACACAUGAAAAUGGCUUUAGUAGUAAAAUGAAGCUGAACGGGGUGCCAAAUGGGUAUAAGAAGGAGAUGAUAAAGAUCCCCAUGCCAGAGCCAGAGCGCUCACAGUAUCCCAUGGAAUGGGGGAAGACUUUCCUGGCUUUUAUUUAUGCACUUUUUUGUUUCAUCUUUACCACAGUGACUAUCUCAGUUGUUCAUGAAAGAGUGCCUCCCAAGGAGGUGCAGCCUCCCCUACCAGAUGCAUUUUUUGAUCGUUUUGAUCGGGUGCAAUGGGCCUUUUCUAUUUGUGAAAUUAACGGCAUGAUCCUUGUAGGACUCUGGUUUGUUCAGUGGCUGCUGUUAAAAUACAAGUCUAUAAUUAGCAGAAGAUUUUUCUGUAUAGUUGGCACACUAUAUUUGUAUCGGUGUAUUACAAUGUAUGUAACUACACUCCCAGUACCUGGCAUGCAUUUCAAGUGUUCUCCAAAGCUUUUUGGAGACUGGGAAUCUCAUCUGCGAAGGAUAAUGAAACUGAUUGCUGGUGGAGGAUUGUCCAUCACAGGAUCCCACAACAUGUGCGGUGACUAUCUGUACAGCGGUCACACCGUCAUAUUAACUCUUACAUACUUAUUUAUCAAAGAAUAUUCCCCACGGCGACUCUGGUGGUAUCACUGGCUUUGCUGGACGCUCAGCAUGGUUGGGAUGUUCUGCAUCCUCCUUGCUCAUGACCACUACACUGUGGACGUGGUGGUGGCUUACUACAUCACUACAAGACUUUUCUGGUGGUAUCACACGAUGGCCAACCAGCAAGUGCUAAAAGAAGCUUCCCAAACCAACCUCCUUGCGAGGGUCUGGUGGUACAAGCCCUUCCAGUACUUCGAAAAGAAUGUCCAAGGAAUUGUACCUCGCUCCUACCACUGGCCCUUCCCCUGGCCGGUGCUGCAUCGAGGCAGGCAGGUGAAAUACAGCCGUCUGGUGAAUGACACAUAACAGUGUGUUGAUGGACAAAAUGGGGGGGAAAAGGACCUGUCCCAAGUGCUAAGAACUCCAUACAAGAAGAUGCCAUAAAAAAAAAAAAUCAACCCCUCCCUAACCCUUUCUUUUAACAGUUACCUUGACUUAAUCUAUUCAGUUACCUGGUAAGCACUGUGAUCUUUUUUUCUCUCCAAAGGAUCUGCGUUGGACAACAAUAAAGAAAAUUUAACUUAUCAUGCACUGUUACACAUUUCUUGUUAAUAGAUUUGGGAUUUUCAUUACCCAUCACCAUGUUCCUUUGUAUAUGAUGCGAGAGCAUAAAUGAAAUCUUUUCUAUCAUAAGUUCUGGUCUUUCCAGUCACGUCUGGGAAUAAUGCAUAUUAUUUUCUUGGGAAAACAUACUUUUCAUAUCUCUUGCCCCAAAGAUUGGGCUGUAAGCCAUUUUCUAGCAAA